AUGCGGGCUUCCCUACGCUUACUUAGCUCGAGGGCGGCACAGCUCUUCAAAUCAUUGGAUGUCCCAGUCCUUGAGCCUGGACAGGCUGAGUACGACCGUGCAAUCGCGACUUCGAACCGUCUGUUUCGCUUCUCUAGACCCGAUUGCGUGGUUCAGCCGGAAACAGCAAAGCACGUUCAGGCUAUCGUUAGAGAAGCAGCGUCAAAGAAUAUCGAUCUCACUAUCAAGUGCAAUGGUCACUCUUAUGCGGGUCACUCUACUGCCAUGAAAGGCGUCUCGCUUGACCUAAGAAGAAUGAGGGACGUUAAUCUUGAUAUGAAUUCCAAUAUUGUCACUAUGGAUGCCGGCUGCCAAUGGGGUCGGGUCUAUGAGACACUCAUAAAUGGGAGACAUAACGGAUACAUUAUAAACGGCGGACGCUGUCCUACUGUAGGAGUGAGCGGAUUUAUUCUUGGGGGAGGUCUUGGCCCUUUUACCCGAAGCUUUGGAAUGGGCUGCGAUACUUUAGCCGAAGCGACGGUAGUUACAGCGGAUGGGGAUUUGGUAACAGUUAAAGAGAGUGAUGAUAGGAACUCCAGAGAGGGAAAGCUCUUUUGGGCUCUCCAGGGAGCAGGCGGUGGCAACUUUGGUGUUGUGGUCCAGAUGAAGCUAAAAGUUCAGAAACUACAAAACCUUGAAGGUACGGUAGUCGCAGGUAGGUACCAAUGGUCGCUAGGUGAAGAUGGACCAUCCAAGGAAGUCAUUGAAACAAUGAACAUAUUCUACACAUUCGACUGGCCCAAUAGUAUCACUAUUGACAGUACCUGGGCGUGUGAUCUCCGGCAAAAUAAAAAAGAAGAUGCAAUUCGGUUCAACAUCUCAUUUGAUGGCAGCAGACUCAAGUACGAAAGGGUUAUCAACAAGCUCACCAAGAAGAACAAGGAUGAAAUGCCUGAAGUGCAUGAAAUGCUUGAAAAUCUCAAAUCUGCAUUCAAGCGAAGAGCACUACCCGAGAAAUCGACACGUUUUCUUUACGAGACUCUUGUGAAUCAAUGGCUGGAGGAGACUGAACGAUCUUAUCCAACCAAUCAAUCCUAUGAACUUUACAGCUCCUUUGUGUUCAGGAAUGAUAAAGAAACUAUUCAAAAUGUCACUAUCGCGAUUAGCAAAUUGAUGGGAGAAUUUCGACAGGAGUUUAAAGGAGAGGAAGUAAACUUCCUCGUCACCUGGAUUCAUUCUGGCGGCAAAGCAACAGAAAAGAAGCCAACCGACUCCGCAUUUUUCUGGCGCGAAGCCGUUUUCCACACAUAUGUCACGGUGGAAUGGAUGGACAAGUGGAUGGAAAAAGACAUGAGAUCUUUCCUGGCCAAAGUCAAGACAGCUCUGAGGCCGCUCUCUCUUAAAGGAGAGGCUGCUUUUGUCAACUUUCCCGACCGCGACUUUCCAACAAAAUCUUUCGAGAAGGCUUAUUUCGGCGACAAUUGGGAAGAGUUGCGCCUCGUGAAAGAAAUGUGGGAUAAGAAUAAGUUGUUCCGGUUUGCUCAGGGUGUUCGCCUGCCAGGUGACCCGGAGGAAGACCCAGAUGAGGAGAAAGACAAGACUGACCGACUCGCAAAUGAGCAAUGGGAAUCUGAUAGAGCUCAGUGGAAGCCUUAUAGAUCUGGCAAUUUCGAAAGUGGCCUUGAUUAUUUGGAGGAUCUGGGAUUUUAA